CAUGACCCUGAGAUCACAACCUGGGCCAAAACAAAGAGUGGUUUCAACUCUGCCACCCAGGCGCCCCCCUCACCAGCCACAUCGCCACUUGUGGCCAUGGCCUACCACACUGCACAGCACAGGUCACGCUGCUGAUCGCCUUCAUCUGCGUGAGGAGCUCUGUGUGGUACAGCUACAGUGCCUACAGCUACUUCCAAGUGGUCACCAUCUGCAACUUGAUAAUGAUCCUCAUCUUUUAUCUGGUGCACCUGUUCCGCCUCUACCGCUUGCUCACGUGCAUCAGCUGGCCCCUGUCGAUCUUUGGUUUCGUGGCUACAUUCCUCUGCCUGGCGAGUAUCUGGAUGUCCUACAAGAUCUCAUGUGUGACCCAGUCAACAGAUGCAGCUGUGUGACGCCACCCCAGGCUGGCCCCACUGGAGGCCCUGCAGACAGGAGGGUCAGUGGGCCAGCCCCCAUGAAGGGCUUCUGACCCUGAGCUUCUGUGCCAAAGCCCCGUCCACGUAGGAGGGUGUCCUGGGCUCCGGAGCCACGCUGAGCCUCUCUUUCCAGUCCUUGGAGAAUAGUCCUCCCCGCCUAGGAAUGAAGACCAGCCUCCAGGGAGAUCUGGUCUCUCCCUCCUGCUUUGGGAACCAACCGCCUCAGGGACCGAUGACCCCACUUAACUCACGAGGGAGGGGUUUCUGGAAACGCCUGCCUAAAUCUGCUUCUGCUUCACAUUCCUCAGGGGGAGUGAAGCCGCCUUAAGUCCCCUUAUAGAAACCAAGCCAUCUCCUAAUUUAUCUAGCUUGGGAAGUCCCUCUGGGAGAGACCCUCUUUCUUAAGUGAGGCACAUCUGCAGAAGCAGUCUGCGGUCAGCCUGUCCCCAGAUCAGAGAUCCUGGCUCCUUUCGGGCCUCAGCCUUAAUUCCCAUUGUGUGUGUGUCUGUGUGUGUUUUGUGUGUGUGCAUGUGUGUGUGUGUGUGUGUGUGUCUGUGUAGGGGUGUGUGUGUGUUUUGUAAUAAAAUAAUUGACUUGGCCAGUUGCACAAGGAUUUCUCAUUAACUGAGGCUGUCAACCAGGAUUAGAGUGAUGGGGCCCACAGGACUCAUGGGGAAGCCUGGGGGCCCCACCCGUGUGUGUGCACACCACCCCCUCCCCGGGGAAGGAGAACAGCAGAGGCAGAUUUGCAUAGUAAAUUCAGAGUAAAUUGGUGGUGAAGGGUGGAAGCCAGUACUGUUCACACACAAACAGAAAGCAGUAUUCAAGAGCCACGCAAGCAGCCCUUUAAAAAAAAAAAAAAUAAGGUAGGAGAUUCUGGAACAUACUACAACAUGAGGAACCUCAAAGUCAUAAUACUGAGUGAAAUAAGCAGACAUCUAAGGACCAGAACUGUCUGAUGCCAUUUACAGGAGGUUCCUAGAGAAGUUACAAGUCAGAGACAGAAAGAAUUGUGGCCAGGGACCGAGAGCAGGGACCGGGGAGUUCAUGUUUCAUGGGCACAGUGCCAUUUGGGAAGAAUGAAAUGUUCUGGAGAUGGAUGGUGGCGGCGGCUGCCCAACAACAUAAUGCUACUGCACCCCUAAAAAUGGUUAAACUGGUAAGUUUUAUGUAUCUUUUACCACAAU